GAAGGUGCGGAGGGGCCAGUGAAGUUGUCGUACGCUGCGUGCGGGAGUGAAACUGCAAACCAGCAAAUUCUGCAUUGCAGUGCUGGGGAGUGACGACUUUUGCCACGUUGAAAAGUCACAAUGUUUUGCGUUGGCGAAUCAUUCAGACAAUGACCGUGCUAGAGAUAUAACUUGAAUGAAGAAAAACUUCUAAGAAAAACGACGGAUUGAAACAAAAACGACCGAGACUCAUCUGGCAUCCAAGGAGCAGAUAAUUUCGCUGCAUUGUAGCUUGAACCUAACAGUCAGUCUGUACAGAUUUCCAUCGAUUUCGUCCGGAUUCUUUUGAAGAUAAUUACAUGUAUCGUCGGAAGCUCGGAUAACUUGCAGAAACGCGACUCUGUCCAGUACUAGUCAGUCCUUCAGAAGAAGAAUUUGCGACGGAAUACUAAAACAAAGCUCGCUUUAAGGCUCUUCGCACAAAAGUCAACUACAAUGACGUUCUAUCGCUGGGCAACAGCCAUCGUCUUCCUCCUGAUUUCAGAGAUUUUGCCGGGUACCGAGGCUAAAAAUGGUCCUGUAUUCCAAACCCCAGCAACAAUUCACUUAUUCGAAGGCGACACUCUGAUGUUGAAUUGCACUUUUAAACUGAGUGGGGUAGCAUCUUAUACCUGGCAUAAGGAUGACUGCCUCAUGGAUUUAAAAUCCCAGAGAUACGAAGGUAGAACUGUACUACCUGUUAAAUCAACUUUUCUAACCAAGAAAGAUGCUUCAAUCUGGAUUAAGAAUGUUACAGUAUUCGACUCAGGAAGGUAUUACUGUAAAAUUGCUGAACUGGGCAAAAGCGAAGAGAAAGGCGACGGUACCUUGGUCACCGUGAACAAGAAUUGCAAAACCGCAAUGCAUUCAAGAGCUAUUCAUCUUGACUGGCAGUGGAUUGGAAUCGCAGGUGGUGUAGCAUUCCUAAUUACUCUGUUACUGCUUGUAGUGAUCGCAGUCCUUGCUAGACGAAAUAAAGCUUACGCCUUACUGGUCAGAGAAUGCACGUCCUUUGAUUCUGCAAAAGAGCCAAUUGCACCCCCCAGAAGAAAAAUGAACGAUCACGCCAAUCAUCAGCAUGAAGACGCCUAUCUGCACUGUCACAAUAAAGAGGGUGCGCCGAAGAGAAAGCGUCCACCACCAGCAAGAAGGAACAUGCAGUAGAUUUCGGUCUGUGCCGUGCGGUAGGGUCGUUGCAGCUUGUGUAAAUCACUCAGCGUUAUCGAAUAAAUUGGUCGAUAAAAAUGCCAUAUAUUUACAAUUUGUAUUUUUUGUAACAAAGCGAACUCACAAAGGAAUUCGAGGUAAAUGGAUGUUUAAGUACAUAGUACUGGUUCUUUUUCGAUUUGAAGCGGACUCUUUAUGUCGUGUGGCCUGUCUUCAAGUAUGAAACUGAAAUAUAUAUAUAUAUAUCUAAAAAUAACCGCAGAUGCUGGAAAUCUGAAACCGGAACAGAAACUGCUGGAAGUGCCCUGAAGUUCCAGCAGCAUCCGUGGAAACAACUGCAGUCAGUGAUUUGUGUGUGUGUAAUGAAGGAUUGCAGACCCGAAUCAGAGAUAAUAUGUCUUUCCGCUGUUGCUGCGUGACCUAUUAAGAGUUUUCGUUGCUUUAUAGUUUGCUUCUGGUAGAAAAGAAUAUCUUCCUACUUCUUCUAAUCGGUUCCUAAUAUGUAUAUGCCGGGAGCUUCACUUUUGGGCUUGCACUACAAAUAAACUUCGUUACUCGUG